AGGUCGUUGUAGAAAACACUGACGUUUUCUUCUAAUUUCUCUUUAAAAAUAGCACUGUUUGCGAUCGAGAAUCAUAUCUGACAUAUUCAUAUACAAGACAAGUACAGGCCAUCUGUAAUUUAAGUAACAGUUUUGACGACGAAAUGAGCUCUUUUGGAACUGAGAAUAACAGGAAGAAAAUACGAUUGGAGGAGCCUUUAGUCCAGUGCAGCAUUCAUCAGGCAAACAGGGUCAUGUUGUCAAGUCCGAUUCCCGCUGACCCUACCUACCAGUCUAGCAAUGGGUGGGCAUCAUGCGACACAGCACCAAAGCCAAGGGUGAGACCAGAAGCUGAAUCAAUAGCUGAGAAACACAAAGGUUCACUGGGACUACUUUUACAGCUUGAAGGCCAGGGUAUAUACAGACCACCCAGACAAAAGACUGUCGAGUCUAGGGAUUAUGCAAAAGAAAAUGUCCGAAAAAUGCGCCAGAUACAAACAAUGAAUCGUAGGAGGAAAGAAGAAGAACAAAAAAAAUGUGGUGAGCCAGUAAAAGUUUUACCACAGUCAGAAAAAUACAAAGAGGUUUCUUCAAAACUUUCAGAACAUCUCAAUCAACCCCCACCUGCACCUAGACCAAAUUCAUCAAACUACUUAAGGGCUCACAGUAGGCCUGGAACUCCAGAGAUUAGUGUAUGUGGUAGAUCACCAAGGGUGUCAAAUUCGCAAGGUAGAUCGUCAGUGGCAUCAAGUAUACAAGGUAGAUCAUCAACGGCAUCAAGUAUGCAAGCAAGGUCAUCAACACCGCUCAACUCGCGACCCUCGACGACAGAGUCGGUCGCAUGCUCUGUUGAUCCAUCAGUAGCCGAAAGUGAGAUGAUGCUGAAGAAGAGAGAGAAUGUCAACUAUAUAGCCCUGAAUGCUAGACAAGCUAGAUACAUGCAGCAAAGACAAUCACCAUCUGUAUCAGCUGUUGAAAACUAUCAAAGAAAACAGAAUGAGAAAUUAGAACACCACAAGAGAGGAGCAGUACCUUCAUAUUUGCAGUCACGGAAGAAACAGUGGGAAGCUGAAGAGGAAGAAAGGCGGCAAAAUAUCCCUGACCCUGAUAUGCCAGAGGGUCAUAAAGCUAUGCCACAGAAAGAGAGACUUGAGACACUUGAAGUACUCAAACAAAAGGAAAAAGAAUUAAAUAAUGAAAUCCAGAAACUACCAAUAACAUCAGCGACCCUAAGAGCUCGAAAUAAAAAAGCAGAACUAGAAACACGACUUGUAGAAAUUGAGGAAGCAAUCAAGAUUUUCUCACGACAAAAAGUUUUCGUCAAAAUCGAUGAAUAAGUUUUCAGGCUCUUUACAUUGAAUUUUAGAAAGCUGUGAAUGAUUUUUAUAUAAACCAUUUAUAAACCUUUCAUAAAUUUUAAAUCACAAUGAUUUAGGCGAGGAAUACCACUCAUAUGGAAUUCUAAGCAGAUGGCCUUGGACUUUAUGUGACAAUUUGCCUGCUUCCUUGAUACUAAAUUGUAGUGACAACACUACUUACAAUAUUUGAAUAUGUAUCUGAGUAUAUUGUAUGAGGUCUAUGUUACACAUUCGGCUGCGAUUGAGGGAGUUCAUCCAGAGAAGAUGUUUUAUAUCGCUCAUGGCUUUUUGAAAUUAAGUGUAGCUUCAUAGCUGGUAAUGAUUUGAUUGUCAAAUUAAUUGGAUUGUACCAAUUUCUGAUAGGGGGAGAAGAUACAAAUGAGAUAAUGUAUCCAUCUGUUACUCGUUACACCCCUAUUUUAUUUUAGGCUGUGUUGGAUCUAAUCAUUAGUUAAAGAAGAAAUGUUCCAUUUUGUAGGAACUCCAUGAAUUAUUUUUAAUUUUAAAAAUCAAUGUAAAAAUAAAUGUUUAGGAGCAAAUUUUUUAAAGUAAAGAGUCAUUUAAAAAAUGUUUGAAUCACAACUGAUCGACUGUAUGUAUUAUGAAAAAAAAUGAAUUGGCAGCAAUUAAUCUACUAGACAAAACCACAUCACUUGUCCCCAAUGUUCUCUCAUUACAAUCACUGUUUUAAGUGCAUAUGGGAAAUCUUAGUUUUUAACUUAUUGGAAAAUAACUCAAGGGUUCAAAGAAGGGACUGAAAUUUGAUAUACUCUGUACCAGAAAUUGAUAAUGCUUUGAAAAGAGGCUAUGUCAUAACUGCAGGUGAACACUAUGUAGUUUUGCUUACAUGCAGUACAUUGCAAUAUGCAAUAUGACUGAAAGUGGUAACUGUCAAAUGUCAUUACCUUAUUACACAAAGCCUUUUACUUUGAUCGA